UUCUCCACACCUAGGUGACACAGGAGUUCACCGUGAAGGUUAGGCAGGCUCCUGUUCCUCGUCGAGGAGCAUCUGUUUCAAGUUUCUACAGUCGGUGAAUGUUUUAGUCUUCAACUUAAAAAAUGACAACGGGAAGGCAUUUCGGAUGGCAAAAACAAAUUCUUCUACUAGCAGUUUUGCCCUGCUGUUGGAGUGUGGAAGUGUCUAUCAAAGAAAAGGAAUACAGGGUGGCAAAAGGAGAUGAUAUUACACUGAUCUGUUCCUUCAUCCCUGCUAACCCUAUAAAAAAUAACUUUGUUCUGGCAUGGGACGUUGUGGGAAUCCCAUCGAAAGCAGUGGCCUCCUUCUUUUUGAACAGUCCUGUCGACAUCGCUCCAGCAUAUGAAGGAAGAGCCACCCUGGAGGUUGAUAUUGACAGGGGAUUAGCGACGCUUCACUUAAAAAAGUUGACCAUGGAAGACAGCCGCCAUUAUCAGUGCAGCGUCAGAAUCCCCAAUGAUGACGAGGGAAAACCGAUCGCCUCUACUUCGGUUUUAGUUCUAGAGCCUCCCUCUAAACCAGUCUGCACACUUCAGGGACAAGCACAGUAUUUCACUGACAUCACACUCACCUGCAAGUCUGAGGAGGGUUCCCCAGCUCCGGUCUAUACCUGGACGAGCUACAGUAUUGAAAACAUUCCCAGACAAUUUCCCCUGAAGACAACACAGGAGGAUGGAGUUCUGUCUCUCUUCAAUAUUACAAAGGAGACCUCUGGCUUCUUUAUCUGUCUUUCAAAAAAUGACAUUGGUUCUGCAAGCUGCAACUUUACCUUAGAUGUAAUGCCUCCCAGUAUGAGCUUUGCAUCCACUGGAAUUAUAAUUGGAGCAGUUGCUGCUGGUCUUCUGGUUCUGGGGAUUCUCAUUUUCUGUUGCUGCAAAAGAAAGAGUAAAAACGAGGCUGAUGACGAGGGUCCCCAUGGAGAUAAGGUGUAUUAUGACAAAGAAGGUCCUGAAGUGGGAGAGCCAUACAUGGAUGACAAGUCAAACACUGAAAAGAUGAAGCCUAAUCAGAAUGAAGACAAAGAUAUUGUUCCUCAAAGCAAUUACACCACAGGUGGAGCAGGAAAGACAUUUGAUGAUGACCAGCACAGUUAUAGAAGUGGUUUAGAGAGGCACGACGGAAAGGGUAGUGAUAUAGAUUCCCAGCGUUACCAAGGAGAUCGGAAAGAUUAUUAUCGUGGAAGCCGGGAUCACCUGGACGAUCAACGUGAUUACAGCGGAAGCCGAGAUCGUGACGAUCAACGCAAUCGGUAUGGAAGUCGGGAUCGUCUUGAUGACCAGCGAGAUCGCCAUGGCAGUAGAGAUUGUCUUGAUGACCAAAGAGAUCGCUACGGAAGUCGGGAUCGUCUUGAAGACCAAAGAGAUCGCUACGGAAGUCGGGAUCGUCUUGAAGACCAAAGAGAUCGCUACGGAAGUCGGGAUCGUCUUGACAACCAAAGAGAUCGCUACGGAAGUCGGGAUCGUCUUGACAACCAAAGAGAUCGCUACGGAAGUCGGGAUCGUCUAGAUGAUCAGCGAGAUCGCCGUGGCAGUAGAGAUCGACUUGACGAUCACCGUGAUCAAGACUUGUACCACGGUAGUCGCGAUCGCAUUGAUCACAGAGAUGAGUAAUAUAAAAAUGUAUAUGUUUAAUGUUGACUUACUGAGUACUCUUUAUAAAAGAGUACUCUGAGUACUCUUUACUGAGUACUCUUUAUAAAAGAGUACUCAGUAAGUCUCAGUCAUUGUGUUCUUGGGCAAGACGCUUCACCUUCUUUGCCUGCUGCUGGUGGUCUGAGGGCCUGGUGACACAGAACUGGCUUCUGUCAGUCUACCCCAGAGCAGCGGUGCUACAAUGUAGCUCAUCACCAUCUCUGUGUGAAUGACUGAAUGUAGAGUAAAGCACUUUGGAGUCCUCUGACUUGAUAAAGCGCUAUACAAGUACAGGCCAUUACCCUUUGACCCUUUGAGCUUAUGACAUAAAGAAAGGUACUAUCCAUGAAUGCCUAAUGUCUUAAAUGGAAUUUUUUUUACAUUUAAGACUCAGCAAUAAUUUAGUUUAAAAUAAUUAAUGUUUGUGAUCCAGACGUACUGAAGUCCCCUGCAUGAAAAUCACAACUUAAAGCUGGUUAUUCUUGGUGGCCCGUCUUUCUAUAAUUAAAUGCCAAUUAGGGCAAAGUAAAUAUACUGUGGAUGAAUUCACUGUUUAGAAUAGUUUUGUAUACUAAAAUUGUGCACUAAAUACAGAAACUAAUCAUACAAGUGUACAAUUCGUGUCAUUAUCCACCAGUCUGUGGCAGCCACUGAAAGGAAGAGUGAAUAAUUUGUUUAAUUAUGGCACCUAAUCCUCAGUGGGAGCCAGAGUGGCUUGU